AAAGUUAUCGUUUUGCUUGUUUUGCUCCAAUCAGAUUUUAUAUAAUUUUAUCAACAAAAAUGCUAUUGGUUGAAGGUUUAAGCGCUUAGCGCACAUUGUAGUUUGUACAUUAUUUCACAACAAUAUUUAAAUUCGAUCAGUUCUGAAAAUUAAAAAUAUUAUACUUCCUUCUAAUUUAAUUAAAAUACCAUUGUUGAAAUGCCUUCAACAAGGAAAAAAGUUAUAAAUACUGUAUAUAAAGACGAAGAUGAUAGUGACGCAGACGCGGGAGAUUUUAGUGAUUCUGGUUCCGAAGCCAUUAUUUCAGAACAUUCAAGCUCGGACGAAGAAGAAGAGGACUACCAUAAUGCUUCAGAAUCCGCGGAUGAAUUUAAAAAUAACAAGAAAAAAACGAAUAAUGUUCGUUCAUGUUCAAAUAAAAUGUCCAAAAAACCCAAUAAACUUAAGUUUACAAAAUCGCUUCUCAAUGCUAUUCAAAAACAAACUGAAAAUAACACUGAGACGGAUAUGAGUGAUAUUCCAACAUUUACGGUAAAAGAUUUAACUGAUGCUGAUAAGCUGCUACCUGCAGUUCUAAAUCUCUCUGAAAGUGAUAGCAGCGAUGAUGAUGAACCGAAAAAAAGCAUACAAAAGAACAUUCCUAAAACAAUAUUUACCAAAGAAAAUGAAGAUUCAGAUGAUGACAAAAAUUCAAAUGUGGAAUAUAAAGAUGUGUGGUCAAAUAAUGAAACGCAAGAAAGUGAAGAUAUUGCUAAAAAGACAUUUUUAGAACUGGAGAAACAUAAAAAUAAAAUUGAGGAAACUAAGAUGUCAAUUGAAAAUUAUACUAUGAAACAAGACAAAAAUGAAUCAAAUGUUAAGGAUCUUCUGGCUCUCGGAGAGGAAGUUCUGCCAGGAAAAGCAGUAAAAUCUAAGAAAAAAGCAAAGAAAGUGUUAGAUGACAGUGAGUCAGAAAUGGAGGAUUGGGAAGAAGUUAAAGAAAGCAAAUCUACAAUACCACAGCAAGGAUUACAACUUGUAGUAGAUAUACCAGAUUUAGUAUGUAGGAAGUCAAAAAAGGUUGAUGUAGAAAUGAUGAUGAAAAGAAAAAUAAAUAGAGUAAAAAAAGAACAACAAGUUUUUAUGCACAAAGUACAUGUGUUGUGCUGGCUUGGACAUGGAAAUUAUGUUAGCAAAGUAUUAAAUGAUCAGUCAAUGUUGGCAGCUGCCUUAUCUUUGGUACCUUCAAAGGAAUGCUAUCCUGGUGAAAGAGUUGAUAUGAAAUAUGUUGAACAAAUAACAUCAUGGUAUCAUGACAAAGUCACAAUAAAUCAAGACAAGCAUGAAAACAAAUUCCGUCCCAAAGCCCCCGAAUUGAUUAACAUUUUACUAGAACAAAUUAAAAAGAGAGUAUUCACUACAAAGAAAUAUAUGGUUUAUGUUUUUGUAGCCAUGCUCAGAUCACUUGGGUUACAGUGUCGAGUUAUAUUCAAUUUUGUUACAUUGCCCAUUAGGCCUCCCAAUUCUGAAUUAUGUUCAUUAUCAUUGAAAACUAAAGAUGCACCAGAGACAAAAGAUAAAGAAAAAGAGCCACAAAAGAAAGUUACAAAGUCGAAGAAAGGAAAGAAAAAUAUACCUCAAUUGGAUGGUACCUAUGAUAGUAGUGACAGUGAUAUUGAAAUGGAAGAUAUUAUGCAAGUGGAUGGUAAUGAUGAUUUGCCAUCAAGUAGAACUAGAAGAACAAAAAAUGUUGCAAAAAAUAAUAAUAAACAUACUAUUGAGGAUAAUGAAGAAAAUAAGGAUGUCUCACCUCCUAAAAGAUCCAGGAGAACAAAUACAAAAAGUACAAAUAAAGUUGAACCCAACACUAUUGACACUCCUCAGAACACAGAACAACAAAGGGCUAGUACAAGAUUAAAAGAGCAAAAACCAGAAGCAAAUACUAGUGCCAGUAGCAAUCCAGGAAAGCCAAGAAAGUCAUUAAGUCUUAAUCGCCAAAAACAGGAUUGUGACAAUAUUGAGGAAAGUAAUACCACCAAAAAACCAAGUCGAACUACUAGAAAUGCUAAAAAAGCGCCAAUAUCAACAGACAAUAGAAAUUCUGUAGAUCCUCCAAAAAUUGUUGUUACAAACGAAAAAAACGAAAGCGUAUCCAGCAAAUAUUUUGAAAAUAGUGACACAACAUCAAAAGAAACAUUGCAAAAGAGAAAAAGAAAUAAAACUUCAGAUCCGCCCACCAAUAAAAAUGAAAUUGAGAUAGUCAAAACAAGAACAAAAAGUGCUCCAGGAUCUACAAUUAAAAGUAAAUAUUUUGAUACAACUGGUUCACCUAAGGAACAGAAAAAAACCUCAGUAGGCCGAAGUAAAAAAUCGGCAGAAUUAUUAGAAGACUGUCAAAGGGUUAGCCAUAGAGAUAUCAAACAAGAAAAACUAAACCCUAAAAAUGAUGUGACUAAAGAUUUGGUCAAUAUCAUCAAAAAAAGGGUCAGAGCAGUAAAGGAAGAAUCUAAAAUAGGAAAAGUCAAAGGAAAAAUAAAGCAGGAAUCAGAUGAAGACAGUGAUUACUUACCAGUUGAGUCACCCAACAAAAUAGAGUGUGACAGUGAUGAAGAUUUCAAACCAGCUAAAAUAAGUCCAAAGCCAAGUAGUAGUCGUAAAAUUGAUCGUCGUAUUGUGUCAACCGAUGACGAAUUACCCGCAGACCGUAUAGAUGUCUGGUGUGAAGUGUUUGUGGAAGAGUUAGAAGAGUGGAUAGCAGUUGAUGUUGUUCGCGGCAAAGUUCAUUGUACCAAUGAAAUUUACAGCAAAGCUACACACCCAGUGAACUAUGUUGUUGGUUGGGACAAUAAUAAUUAUCUCAAAGAUUUAACGCGAAGAUAUGUACCGCACUGGAACACGGUGACGCGUAAACAGCGCGUCGAGGCAGAUUGGUGGAAUACUGCUGUUAAACCAUGGCUGGGGCCGAAAUCUGCUCGGGAUAAGGAAGAAGACGAGAGACUAGAUAGAAUGCAGCUAGAAGCACCGUUGCCGAAGAGUAUAGCAGAGUACAAAAACCAUCCACUAUACGCGCUCAAGCGACAUCUACUUAAGUUUGAAGCGAUCUACCCGCCCGAUGCGGCCGUGCUAGGUUUCGUACGCAGCGAGCCCGUGUAUGCGCGCGAGUGCGUGUACGUGUGCCGGUCGAGAGACACGUGGGUGAAGGAGGCCAAAGUUGUACGCUUGGGAGAGAAGCCGUACAAAGUUGUUAAGGCUAGGCCUAAGUGGGAUAAGCUUUCCAAUAAAAUGAUAACUGAUAAACCACUUGAGAUAUUUGGACCUUGGCAAGUGCAAGACUAUGAACCACCAACGGCUGAAAAUGGAAUAGUACCAAGAAAUCCAUAUGGAAAUGUGGAGCUUUUCAAAGCUUGCAUGUUACCUAAAGGGACAGUUCACAUUAAAUUGCCUGGGCUGAAUAAAGUGGCGAAAAAAUUGAACAUUGACUGUGCUCCCGCCAUGACCGGCUUCGACUUUAAUGGCGGAUAUUCACAUCCUGUGUAUGAUGGUUUUGUUGUGUGCAAAGAGUUUGAAGAGAUUAUAACUGAAGCCUGGAUAAAGGACCAAGAAGAGACAGAAAGAAGAGAACAGGAAAGAAUGGAGGCGAGGGUGUACGGCAAUUGGAGACGCCUUAUAAAAGGAUUGUUCAUACGGGAAAGACUCAAGGCUAAGUAUGGAUUUGAAGAUCCCAGCACAUCACAAGUUAAAAAGAACUCUAAAGGACCGCGUUUCGUGAUCAAGAAAGGGAUUUAAGUAAAAGUACAAAAGUUUUCACGAUAAUUUUUUAAUAUGGAUUUACAUUUUUUUAUUGUUAACAUCACAUAGUUUUUAGAUCUUUUCGCUUUAAAACUUAAUUUUAGUACUAGUGAUAAAAUCACAUUUUUUAAAUGUCCAAGUGGCUAUUUGUUUUUUUUUUUUACCCAAAUUCUUCGGUGAUAUAUUUUGAUAAUUAUGUCCAAAAUAUUUUAUCCUUGAAGCAAUUUAUUACUGUGAUUCUCAUAAAAUAUACCUGUUUUGUAAUGCUGUGCAUAAUUUUAAGUAUUUAGAUUUAAAAUAAGUCGAUCGUAGUUAGAUAUAUGGCCCAUAUUUUAAGCUAAGAUUACAAUGAGGCUUGCAUACUAUCGUUUAUUUAGUUUCACAAAAUCAUUGAUAAUGAAAAUGAGUUCAAUGUAUAAUUAUGAUUGUCUGUAAAAAACUAUAACUGCAUGCAUUUUAUUUCAUGAUGCUGAGGAGGUCGAAAAAUGUGUAGAAUCGUAAUCAUAUGGUUUUUCAUCAUAAUAAUAUUAUUGAGAAUAUUAUGGAGAAUAAUAAUUAAUUAGACAUGAUUACUUUGGAGAGGUGUUAUUUUAAUUUAUCUCUCUUGCAAGUCGACCGUCAUAUACAAGUCCUUAAGAAAAUUUAUAGAUACUUAAAUGACUCAUUGAAAAAUUACGGGUAAAUAUUGAAACUCAAUAAACGAUAGUAUCACCCCGAAAUGUAUUAACUAUAUCGUAAUAUUAAACCGCCUAAAUAUUUGUUUUUGAAACCAUUGGUUAUUUCAAAAAUAUAAAACCAGUACAAUAUUUCGUGUGAUAAGUCGAAGAAGUGGAGAUUGUUUUUACUAUAAUAUUGAAUCUUUUUUUAUUGUAUUUUAUUUUUACGUAUUAUUUUCUGUGCCUGUAUUUUUAUGUUUUAGAUUAUAACCAUUGGCGUAGCGUGCAUUACAUUUAUCCGUUCGUCGGGAGAUAAGAUUAUGGGUUGUUUUUAUUUCGUUCAAGAAAGUAAAAAUCUCAUAUUGAAUUCUUAUAUUAAUUAUAUAAUGUGCUGCGCGGUUGUGGUAGUGGCCCAGACGAACCCGCGGGCAAAAUCAAGUAUAUUUUCUAUAUAUCAUGUGGUUAUAACCCAUUUAAUAAUCCUUGGGUAAAUUGGGCACCUAACUAAAUGACCUUUGUUAAAAGAAUGAAUUUUGCUAAUUUUUACUUCUACACGUUAACACGGGUCCCUGU